AUGUUUGGCAAUGAAAAUAUAAAUACCAAUGACCCUUUCAUGGAUAGAUCUUUAUAUGGCCAAAUGAUUCAUUACCCUAACCAUCAAGAGAAUAAUUCAAUUGCAUUUCCUUACUCUUAUGGUUCAAAUUGUGAUGAGUUUAUGUGGCCAAAUACUCAAGAAUCAAGCUUUGGUGUUGAUCAUGGAGUCUUAGCAAAUGAAGAGGCUUUGAAGUGGACUAACUUCGACCAAACCUCAACAUUGUGCCUUAAGGAUGCUAAUGGCUAUGGUGAAAACACAAAAAUUGUGGGAAAGAAAGGUAAGAAAGAGAAAGAGACUUCUAUGGUUUGGAUCAAAGGACAAUGGACUGAUGAUGAAGACAGGAAACUGAUAAGGUUGGUGAAAGAAAAUGGUGAAGGAAAAUGGACUCAAAUAGCUGAGAAGUUAGAAGGAAGGGUUGGCAAGCAGUGUAGAGAGCGAUGGCAUAAUCAUUUGCGUCCUAAUAUUAAGAAAGAUAGUUGGAGUGAAGAAGAAGAGAGGAUAUUAGUAGCCAUGCAUGCAAAAAUUGGAAAUAGAUGGGCUGAGAUAGCAAAGAGGAUUCCAGGAAGAACUGAAAAUGCCAUAAAGAAUCAUUGGAAUGCAACUAAAAGAAGACAAAACUCAAAAAGAAAAAACAAGAGGAAGAUAGAAACUUCCAAUGGAUCAAACCCUAAGUCCUCUAUACUUGAGGACUAUAUCAAAAACACUAUCACUACUACAAUUACCAACAUACCCUCUUCCACUCAUACAACAUUCUCCCAAAACCUUGAACAAAAUCAUUCAAACCCUAACCCUAACCCUAACCCUUUGUUCAAUGGACUACCCUCUGAUUCUUUUUCCAAUGAAUAUUUGGGGUUUUUUCAAGGUAACAUUGUUGAUGAGGUGGAUGAAAGUGGUCUUGUUAAUUCAGUGCAAUAUCCAAAUUACAACAUGCACUUGGAUUAUGAAACUACUCGAGCUAAUCAUAUCAAUAAUUUCCUUUCUUAUGAUCUCUACCUCUCUCAAUUGUUGAAUUAA